CAAAAAACCAUUUCCACCGCCUCAAUCCUGAAGCGCAAACCCAUGGCCACGCUCCACACCCACAAGCACCGCGCCUCACGCCGUCGACGCAGGGAGAAGAGUCGCGAGGGGAAGAGUGGACAUCCUUUGAUGAGGGAUUAUGAGGAUGAUGUAGCCAAAUGCCGCGAGUCUGCUCAAUCGAACGCUGUAGCAGCCCUUGCUACCGCACACACCGAUCUUCUUACGAAAGUGGGAGCUGUCAAGACCACCAACACCACCCUCCUCUCCACCCUACAAACACAGUUCUCAGCCCUCCUCCUACCUCUCAACGACACCGAAAUCGCCACCACUGGGAACGCCACCCGGGGUGUGAGCGAACAAAUCGAAUCCUUCCGCGCACAACUUGCAGCGGGGGAGAGGGAGUUGAAACGUCUUUGGGGAUUAUGGGACGAGGCGCAGGGGGAGAUUGAGAAGUUGGGCAGGGAGGGGGGAGGGGGGGUAAUGAAGGGGUGGGAGGAGGAGGUUAGGGACAGGAUUGGGGGGAUGGAGAGGGAGGUGGAGGAGGCGGGUAGGGAGGCUGUGAGGGGGAUGGGGGAGGCGGAGAAGGAGAUUGAUAAGAAGUUGAGGGAUGAGCAGGCGAAGCUUGUUGCGAUGAUGUUUCGUGAGGAGUAAAAAGUAGGGGGUAUACUGGUGUUUGGAGAAUGAGGGAAGCUUGCUAGGGAGGUUGCUUGGUUUUCGGAGGGAGGGAGAUAAGAGAAGUUGCCGGAAGGGUCGCUUGAAGUUUGGAAGGCCACAGAGGGGGGAAAAUUAUUAUAUAGAUUAUGCUUGACCUUGCCUCAAAACGGGGGAUAGGAGUUUGCUAGAUUCGUUUUUGCUCCAAAUGAUUUUUGGCGGCGUCGGGGAUAUACUUACACACACAUCCUCAAAAUUAGCUAGGUAGCCAUUUAUUUUAUCCACAAAAAUAUCUUAGAAAACAC